AUGGGUCUUUCCUCUCUUGGCCGUUAUCCACAUGUGCUUAAAUCGAUCGCAUUUGCGGUUUUAUUGGUGUUGGCGGCGAUUUUGUGGAUAAGUGGAGACUCUCGAAGGGCUCAAUUGAUCACAUGGCAAUCGCUGCCAUAUCUUCUUGUUUUAACUUUCGUUUAUGAAAAGAGAGAUUACAUUGAAGAACAUCCAGCAUGGCCUGCAUGGGAAAUCUUUCUCUCGACUCUUUUCCUCUUGUGUUCACUCGUGAAUUUGAUUGUGACUGGGAUGACUGUUUACGAUGAUCCACAAAAACCAUUGCAUUUCAUUACAACGGGUGUUUCAAUGCUUCUCGUUUGUUUAUGGACAUGGAAUCUUGUUCAUUUUGCCGCACGAGCUUGUCGACGAUAUCGGGUGGUCCGGAAAGAGCCACCAGAAUUGGAAAGGAAUUCGAGAGAUGAAUCGAGAAAUGGAAGGAGUCGAUCAAAAGGCGAUCAAAAAGACAAUGAAAGGAUCACUCAAUGCAACCAAAAACUCCACUCAAUCGACCCCCCGAAAAUCACUGUCGAAGAGCCAUCUGACGCU